GCGGAAACUUUCCGCGGGUUCCUCCGCGCUGGACACUCCCUGGGGACCCGCAGGUGCCACUGCCCUCCGCCUGAGCUGGCCCCGGGCCCCUGACCCGCCGGCCCCAGCGAAGCCGGCGCUUCCUGCUUCCUGAGUCGCAGCCAGUGUCCGGCGCUGCCCGGGGGGGCUGCCCUGGGGGGCUGGGGUCCAGCAGGAGCCUGGCCUGACGCAGCUGCAGGGAGGGCGACCUGCAUGCGGAGCGCCGCCCCCGCACCAUGGACCGCGGCCAGCCCAGCGCGGAGCCCGCGGUCUCGGAGCCCGCGGCCGCGGCUCCCCGCGCCCCCGGCCCGAGCGUGAUGGCGCCGCUGCGAGCCGUGGUCCGCCUGCGCCGCCGCGUGUGCCUCCAGCGCAAGCGGCGCCCGCUGACGCCGGGCGCGGGGCUGGACGCGGGGGCCCUGGCGCCUCGCGAGGGCGCGGACCAGCCGCAGUUCUUCACCUUCGACGGCCCCGCGGAGCUGGCCUCGAGGACGCCGCGCAAGAAGCGACGGCGCAGCCGCGUGGUGCUCUACCCCGACACCGCGCGCAGGUCCCGGCCGCGCGCCGAGCACCACAGCCGCGCGCAGAGCUGCCUGCUGCUGCUCGUGGCCAUCGUGGGCUUCCAGGUGCUCAACGCCAUCGAGAACCUGGACGACAACGCGCUGCGCUACGACCUGGACGGGCUGGAGAAGGCGCUGCAGCGCGCCGUGUUCGGCCAGCCGGCGGCCGUGGGGCGCCUCGUGGCGCUGCUGCGGGACUACCUGUCCACGCACGUGCACAGCCGCCCGCUGCUGCUGGCGCUGCACGGGCCCAGCGGCGUGGGCAAGAGCCACGUGGGCCGCCUGCUGGCGCGCCACUUCCGCGCGGUGCUGGAGGACAGCGCGCUGGUGGUGCAGUACCACGCGCGGCACCACUGCCCCUCGGCGCGCGCCCCGCAGGACUGCCGCGAGGAGCUGGCGCGCCACGUGGCCGACGUGGUGGCGCGGGCCGAGGCGGAGGAGAAGACGCCGCUCCUGGUGCUGGACGAGGUGGAGCUGAUGCCGCCGGCGCUGCUGGACGAGCUGCACGGCCUCCUGCAGCCGCAGCGCCCGCAUCGCUUCCACAACGCGGUCUACGUGCUGCUCAGCAGCGCGGGCGGCGCGGAGGUGACGCGCUUCGUGCUGCAGAACGCGUCCCGCACGCCGGCCCCACACGCAGACCGCGCGCAUCGGGCCCGCGCCGAGGAGGAGCUGCGCGCCGGCCUGAAGGCGCUGCUGGUGCGCGGGCACCCGCUGUGGCAGGCCGCGGCCGUGGUGCCCUUCCUGCUGCUGGACAAGCAGGACGUGGUCAGCUGUUUCCGGGACGAGAUGGCCGGGGAGGGCUUCUUCCCCGAGCAGGCCCGCGCCGAGCGCCUGGCCGCGCAGCUCAGCUACUACCGCGUCGCGGGCCGUGAGUUUGCCGUCACCGGCUGCAAGCAGGUGGUGGCCCGGGUGAACCUCCUGUAGCCCGGGCGCCGGCCGCGGACACUGGCGGGACGCCCGGGACGUCUGGUGGAGGUGGGGAGCGGACCCUGUGGCUUUGCCCCGCGCCGAGGCCCCUAAUAAACCCAACUGCCCACCCCUCC